ACAUUCUACACUCGAAGCAUCCCAACCUACAGACCACUUUUCCUUCACCCCCAGCAUCCAGCAAAGCCCAGAGCUUGCUUCCCAUCAUCCACACCACCCACACUCAAACAACACCGCUAUCAUGGGUGCUGUAGUAUCUUGCAUCAAGUCGGUCUUCCGCACCAUCGGCAACUGCAUCAUGGCCAUUGUCAACGCCAUCGCUGCUGGCCUCAAGGCAAUCAUCAACGCCAUCGUCUCCCUCUUCGGCAUCAUCAUCAGCUGCCUCACCUGCGGACGCGGCGGCGGCAGGAGGAAGACGCAUACUAGUAGAGUCUAGUGCGCGCCCGUUUCUCUCACGCCAAACUGACAUGCCAUGUGUGUCAGAAUGGCGCAUGAGGAGAUUCGGGCAUCGCGUUUGAGCGACUACUUUCGGAUUGAAGAUUAAACAACCCAAACCGCAACAUCUUCGUAUCCGACUGUAAGCGCCAAAGCGGAGGAAGUCGACGAGCAGAAUUAUACCCAGUGGUGCAUGUGGUAGUAAUGGCACGACAUGGAGUUUGAGCGUUUGGGCAACCGAUGCCCUUGUUUGCUUUGUAUGUCGGAUAGAGAUGGAUGCAAAGGGCGUGGUCAAGGACUUGAGUAUGGUGCACACGUCGAUGUGGUGCUUUCUUGAUCACGACCUGCGCAUAGAUACCCCCAGCUUUUGAAUGGACCUACUUUAAUACUCAUGCA